AUGGCCUGGGAAGAGCCUCGAAAGACGGGCAUGGCCUACAGAAGGCUAGGCAAUUCGGGGCUGCAUGUGUCAGUGCUCGGGCUAGGCGGAUGGCUCACCUUCGGCGGGCAGCUUGAGAAUGAGGGCACCUUUGCGUGCAUGAAACAGGCUUAUGAUCUGGGCAUCAACUUCUUCGACACGGCUGAGAGCUACGCCGGGGGCCAGUCCGAGGUGGCGAUGGGCCAGGCGAUCAAGAAGUUUGGGUGGAAGCGCAACGACAUUGUGGUGAGCACCAAGCUCAACUGGGGAGGGGCCAACGGGGAGGUGCUCGUCAACAACCACGGGCUGUCACGCAAGCACAUCAUCGAGGGGCUCAAGGCGUCGCUCCAACGCCUGGAUCUCGAGUACGUGGACAUCGUAUACGCGCACCGGCCGGACCGGCUGACGCCGAUGGAGGAGACGGUGCGGGCGUUCAACCACGUCAUCGAGCAGAAGGGGUGGGCCAUGUACUGGGGCACCAGCGAGUGGUCGGCGGACGAGAUUGCAGAGGCGUGCGGGAUCGCCAAGCAGCUGGGGCUGAUCGGGCCGGUGGUGGAGCAGCCGUUCUACAACAUGCUCUCGAGGAAGAAGGUGGAGGGCGAGUUCCAGCGGCUGUACAAGCGGUUCGGGAUCGGGCUGACGACCUUCAGCCCGAUCAAGUUCGGGCUGCUGAGCGGCAAGUACGACGACAGCCCGGAGAAGCCACCGGCCGGGUCGAGGUUUGCCAAGGGCGACGACAAGUUCGUGAGCUCGGUGCGCGACUCGUUCGCCAAUGCGGAAUGGCAGGACACCAUCUCCAAGGCGAGACAGCUGAAGCCGAUUGCGGACAAGCUAGGGAUCACGCGGGCACAGCUGGCCCUUGCGUGGUGCUUGAAGAACGAGAACGUGUCGGCGGUCAUCACGGGCGCGUCGCGACCAGAGCAGGUGGUGGAGAACUGCGCGGCGCUGAAGGCACUGGACAAGCUGACGCCCGAGGUGAUGGCCGAGAUUGACGACAUUGUCGGCAAGGUUGACUUGGACCCGGCGAGGCAGGAUUAG